AAACUGUGUUUCAAAAAUCUGUUCAUAAUAUGACUACUAAUAACUCUGUGUUAAAUAGUGCAGGUUUGAAUGUUCAAGAACCUAAAACUGUCAAGCAAGCACUUAAACUUCCACAUUGGGUCGAUGCGAUGAAAGAAGAGCUAGAAGCACUGCACAACAAUAAUACAUGGACAUUGGUUCCUUCACCUUCACCUCAAACAAACAUUGUCGGCUCAAAAUGGGUGUUCAAGACAAAACUACAUUCUGAUGGAAGUAUCGACAGGUUUAAAGCAAGGCUGGUAGCACGAGGAUACUCUCAAGUGCCUGGGUUAGACUUCGAUGAGACCUUUAGUCCAGUUCUAAAACCAACAACUUUACGAUUGGUUAUUGCUCUUGCUACUACUCUAUCAUGGCCACUUAGACAGUUGGAUGUAAAGAACGCAUUCCUUCACGGCAAACUCAAGGAGGAAGUGUACAUUAGUCAACCACCUGGCUUUGAAGAUCCUAUUCACCCCAAUUAUGUUUGCAAACUCAACAAAUCGAUCUAUAGUCUAAAGCAGGCUCCAAGGGCAUGGUUUGAUACAUUUACCAUUCAACUCUUCCAAAUUGGGUUCUAUUGUAGUAGAGCAUAUUCUUCUUUGUUUAUUCUUCAUAGAGAUCAAGACAUUGCAUUGCUUUUGCUAUAUGUAAAUGACAUUGUUCUCAUAGCCAAUUCGUUGCAACUACUUCAAGAAAUUAUUAGCAAUUUGAGCAGCAAGUUUGCACUCAAGGAUUUGGGAUCUCUUAAUUAUUUUUUGGGCAUUGAAGUAAAUAAGUUUCCAGGAGGCAUUUUCUUGUCACAAGCCAAAUAUGCCAAAGACAUCCUCUGCCGAGCCUCCAUGCUUGAAGCCUCUGCUAUUGCUACCCCUAUGGCUAUUAAAGAUGCAACUAGUUUGAGGGAUAAUGAGCUCGUGAAUGCCCAGGAAUAUAGAAAACUGGUUGGAGCACUUCAAUAUUUAACAAUAACCAGACUUGAUAUUUGUCAUGCUGUUAAUAAAGUUUGUCAAUUCAUGCAGCAACCAACUCUCACUCAUCUUCGUCAAGUUAAACGCAUUUUACGAUACAUCAAGGGGACUAUGCAUCAUGGCCUACGAUUCUCUUCUCAUAGCACAUUGUCAUUAACAGGUUUUUGUGAUGCAGAUUGGGCUGGUUGUCUAAGCACUAGAAGAAGUACCACAGGCUAUUGUGUAUUUCUUGGGGCAAAUUGUAUUUCAUGGUCCUCAAAGAAACAACCUACUGUCGCUCGGUCUACAGCUGAAGCAGAAUAUCGAGCUUUCGCUUCUACCACAGCUGAGGUCACAUGGAUCACCUAUCUCCUUCGUGAUAUUGGAAUGUCUCUUCCUAAUCCUCCUCAAAUUUUUUCUGAUAACAUUAGUGCCUUACAUAUGUCUAUCAAUCCUGUGUUUCAUGCCCGCACGAAACACAUAGAGCUAGACUACCACUUUGUUCGGGAAAAAGUAGCCCUUGGUACUUUGGUCACUCGAUACAUUCCUAGUAGGGACCAAGUUGCUGAUCCACUUACAAAACCACUUCCACAUGCACAGUUCCAAGUGUUGAAGUUCAAACUGGGGUUGGUUGGAUCACCCACCUCCAGUUUGAGGGGGAGUAUGAAGAAGCAAUCAAUACAAGAGCCAAAUAAGGAAACAAAUAACAGCAAAUAUGAGCAAUCAAGAUCUGAAUUGAACAAGGAAACAGCAGCAAAAGAGGAAGGAAAUUAUCUGUCAUAAAGGAAAGAAAUUAUCUGUCAUAAAGGAAAGAAAUUAUCUGUCAUAACUCCCUAACGGUCAUAAUGCAGAAAUUGAGCAACAGUCAAAACAACAAUCUUCUGCAUAAUUCUAGGCAUGGAAACAUGUCAUGUAAAUAUUAUAUAUACAUAUGUCAUUGUACAGAAUAUCAUGAAACUGGAAUAUAAUUCAGUAUUCUUU